UAGUUACAAAAAUUACUUUUCAACAAAUUUCACACCACGUAAGUCAUGAAAUCAUAUCUCCUGUCUACAGUACUUGCAGCUAGUUUGGGUGCCAUAGCGCUAUCUUAUAUAUCAUAUUAUAUUUGUCGACGGAAACAUUUGCAAAAACCACCAAAAAAUGCAAAAUGGGAAUUUGUUGGUACAUUGGAAGAAAUUGUUAUAUAUCCUGUUACAUCAGCAGCACCACUUUUACUAAAUGAAGUACAGUGUAAAAUUGAUGGUUUGUAUUCAGAAGAUCUUAGAGAUCGUUGUUUGGUUUUGAUCGAUGAAAAUGGCAAAUAUGCAUUUGCUGGUGUAUAUCCAAAAAUGUUAAGUAUUACGACUGAAGUGGGUUAUAAAAACACUUUAGUUGUGAAAGCUCCCGAGAUGGAAUCGUUAACUAUAAAUUUGGACUCACUAAAGAUGAAACAUCCCAUAGUUAAACACAAACAGGGUUGUAAAUCCCAUUUAGUGGAAGGUGAACAGGAACAUCAUGAAUGGUUUUCAAAAGUCAUUAUGAACAAAUCACAAGGUUUAAAAUUAUUUUUAAUCAUAAACACGGAAUUUGAGUACAAUUUAAUGGGUGAAGAUAAAAGUGAGUUUAUACCUGUCAUGGUUAUGAAUAAUAAAUCCGUAAAUGAUCUUAAUAAACGUUUGACAACUGAUGACAGAGUCCAUCAUUUACAAUUUCGUGGCAAUGUCUUGAUUGAUACGUUGGAAAAUGUUAAGCCCUAUGCUGAAGAUAAUUGGAGUUGGAUUAGAAUUGGCGAGGAGAAAGAGAAUGCUGCUAAAAAUUGUAUAUUACGUUAUCAUGCUCCAUGUCUAAGAUGUAUAUUACCGAAUGUUGAUAUUAAAACAUGUAAAAGGAAUCCAAAUUUCGAACCUUUAAAUACUCUCAAGAAAUACCGCCUUAUUCAUAAUAAAAAAGAGCCAACUAUGGGUGCAUAUUACAAAGUUUAUCAAGAAGGAAGUUUUAAGACUAAAGAUCCGGUUUAUGCUAUAAUAACAUAA